AUGGAAAAUAAAUACGAAAAUAAAACAAUGGAAAACAAAGUUCACGAACCGUUAGAAAAUGCCAGCUGCAGAUUAUCAUUGUCCAAUUGUAUAAAACCACUCCCAAAAGAUAUUGCAAAGUUUGCGCUUUAUAUUGUUUGCAUUUCCGACUUUAGCUCUAUUAUUCAAGUUUUAUAUAACAUUGUAUCAUCAGUUACAGUUAGUACAAUAUUUGUCAUUUUUUCCAUCAUAUGUUCGUUAUUUGGGAUUCUUGGUUUUUAUUCCAUCACGAAAAAUAACAAUACUACUAUGAAGUAUUACAUGAUUUACACUUUCGUAAAAUUAAUAAUAGAGUCGAUCACAUCUUUUGGUAUGUCGAUAAUAUUUUAUAUUUAUUAUAAAACUACAAUAUAUGAUGAAAAUUUCCCCACUUGGGUUGUUUUCUUGAUAAAUGCAAUAUUUUUAACAUUAUCCAGAAUUACAUUUUCAUAUGUCGCAUUUUCCUUUUAUAAAAGAUUAGAAAUUCAGAACUAUGAAAAUUUGGAGAAAGUUACAAAUAAAGUGUAA